GCCCUCCACCAUCCGCUCGCACCCCUCGCCCAGCGUCUCGCUCUCUGCGCAGCGACCAAGCCCGAGUCGGCUAUCCCUUUGAUACCGCUGCGGAUCGACGCCCCUGCGGCCCUCUCUCACCAUGUCGCGCUCAAACGUCAUCGUGCUCGACAAUGGCACGGGCUACACCAAGGCCGGCUGGGCAGGCAACUCCGAGCCGUCCUUCGUCUUCCCGACGGCCAUCGCCACGCGCUCAACGGCAGCGGGCAGCGGCCCCUCGGCGGCCACGCGCACCACGGGUGCCUCCAAGGGUGCAGGCACGACGGGCAGCAACCUCGCGAGCAAGCGCGGCAUCGAGGAUCUCGACUUUUUCAUCGGCGACGAGGCCGUGGCGAACUCGAAGACCUACCAGCUGGAGCAGCCCAUCAAGCACGGCCUCGUCGAGAACUGGGACCUGAUGGAGCGCUUCUGGGAGCAGUGCUUCUUCAAGUAUCUGCGCGCCGAGCCGGAAGACCACUACUGCAUGCUCACCGAGCCGCCGCUCAACCCGCCGGAGAACCGCGAGGCGACCGCCGAGAUCAUGUUCGAGUCGUUCAACGUCAAGGGCCUGUACAUUGCCGUGCAGGCCGUGCUCGCGCUUGCGGCCAGCUGGAGCAGCAACAAGGUGACCGACCGCACGCUCACCGGCACGGUCAUCGACUCGGGCGACGGUGUGACGCACGUCAUUCCGGUGGCCGAGGGCUACGUAAUUGGCUCUGCCAUCAAGCACAUUCCCAUUGCCGGCCGCGACAUCACCUACUUUGUGCAGCAGCUGCUGCGCGAGCGCGGCGAGGCGGCAAACAUCCCGCCGGAGGACUCGCGGCGCGUGGCGGAGAAGAUCAAGGAGGACUACAGCUACGUCUGCCAGGACAUCGUGCGCGAAUUCAGGCGGUACGACGAGGACCCGCUCAAGUACUUUGAGCGCUUCGAGGGCGAGCACGCCGUCACGGGCCGCAAGUACGGUGUCGACGUCGGCUACGAGCGCUUCCUCGCUCCCGAAAUCUUCUUCAACCCGGAGAUUGCCUCGUCGGACUUCCUCACGCCGCUGCCCGAGGUUGUCGACUCCGUGAUCCAGCAGUCGCCGAUCGACGUGCGCCGCGGCCUGUACAAGAACAUCGUGCUCUCGGGCGGCUCGACCAUGUUUGCGCACUUCGGACAGCGGCUGAAGAAGGACCUGCGCACGAUUGUGGACGGCCGCCUGGCGGCAUCGGAGCUUGCCAGCGGCUCGCACAUGCGCAGCUCCGGCAUGGAGGUGAACGUCAUCAGCCACAAGAUGCAGCGCUACGCCGUCUGGUACGGUGGCUCGCUGCUCGGCAGCCUGCCUGACUUCCAGUCUGCAUGCUUCUCCAAGCAGGACUACGAAGAGUACGGGCCGAGCAUCGUGCGGCGCUUCUCGACGUUUGGCACCAACUCGUAGAUUUCUCUCUGGCGCCGCGGCUCUCAUCGGGCGCUUCAAUACACUG